UCACAUUAACCAUAGGUCACUUCCGUCGCAAAAAAAAAAAAAAAAAAAAACCCGACCUACUUCAUUUCCUACGUUCAAGGGUAUCUGCAAGUCUCAUCAUGUACAGAUUCGCGAAAGCCGCCGUCAACAUCAGCGGUCAAGCUGCACGCCAAAUGAGGCACGGGUCCAGUGCCCCACAGGACUUCCACUCUAAGUAUGGCACCAGUGUGUUGGUUGGCGGGUUUGUCUUCUGCACAGCAGUGUGGUCAUACGUGGUGACUCAGACGGGAAUCACUUGGAAUCUGUCCCCUGUUGGGAAGGUGAUGCCCAAACCAUGGAGGGAGGCUGAUGAAUAAUGCAAGAAAACAUAAAAAGCCGCCAUGGUUGAGGUCCAAACAAAAAUCUUGCGACUGUACAGAUGAACAGUAAAGUUUGUUUCAAUAUUGUCCAAAUAAAUUAAAUGUGAUUCUAGA